GAUGGCGGCGGAGGUCACCGAGCGCGAUGCCAAGGCGGCUUUCCGAAUGGUCAAGCGCGCCCGUGAUCUGUACAUUGCUGACCAGGAUGAAGUGCCCGUGAAGCACGAUGGGAGUCGGGCGGCCAAGGUGGCUUUUAAGGUUCAAAGCGAGUAUGCUUCCGUCCAACAUCUGCCGGCACCGGCUUCCUUGAAGCGCAAGACGCAAAGCGCUUCUGCAGGCCCUGCUGCGCCUAGCGUCACGCCGACCGUGGUCCUCAACAAUGGCAAGGGCGACAGUAGUUCAUCCGGCCCGAGCACGCACGUGGGCGCCAUCGUGCCCGUGCAGGCCAGCGGCCCGAAGCUGAGCUCAAAGGCACUGGCCAUGCGACAUGAGGAGACGGGUGUGCCCAGCUCGCGAGCACUGGCUAUAAAACAACGGGUCCCAAUGAUGCCCAAGCCACAAUGGCACCCACACUGGAAGCUGCAUCGUGUUGUCAGCGGUCACACUGGAUGGGUCCGGUCCAUUUGUGUGGAGCCUGGAAAUCAAUGGUUUGCCACUGGCUCCUCGGACCGCACCAUCAAGAUCUGGGAUCUUGCGUCAACCGAGCUGAAACUCACGCUCACGGGCCAUAUCAGUGCCGUGCGUGGCUUGGCUGUGAGCGAUCGUCACCCGUAUCUCUUCUCCGUUGGCGAGGACAAGACUGUCAAGUGCUGGGAUCUGGAACAAAACAAAGUCGUUCGCCACUACCACGGCCAUCUCAGCUCUGUCUUCUGCCUGGCCGUUCACCCGACUUUGGACAUCCUCUUCACUGGCGGUCGCGACGCCACAGUUCGUAUGUGGGACAUGCGUAGCAAGGCACAAAUUCAUUGCCUCUCGGGUCACAGCAACACGGUGGCCUCUCUGGUUGCGCAGCCUCUGGACCCUCAGGUCAUCUCUGGGUCCCACGACUCGACCAUUCGCCUGUGGGAUGUCCGCAUGGGUCGCAGUUUAACAACAUUGACCAAUCACAAGAAGAGCGUCCGUGCCCUGACCCUGCACCCCAAGGAAUUCACUUUCGCCUCUGGCGCACCAGAUAACAUCAAGCAGUGGUAUUUGCCUGAUGGCAAGUUCAUUCAAAACCUGAGUGGCCACAACAGCAUCGUCAACGCCCUCGCUGCCACCCCGGACAAUGUGUUGGUGUCAGGUGCCGACAAUGGCACCCUCAACUUCUGGGACUACAAGACCGGACAUCGCUUUCAGCAAAUGGAGACCCUUCCUCAGCCUGGCUCUCUCGAUUGUGAGUCGGGCAUCUACGCCAUGACAUUCGAUAAGAGCUACAGCCGCCUGUUGACGGCUGAGGCCGACAAGUCAAUUAAGAUCUACAAGGAGGAUCCCGAAUCGACGGAGGAGCGUGAUCCCCUCGACUGGAAGCCGACGCUGCGCGCCAAAACGCGAUUCUAG